AUGGAGGCCGCGCAGCAGGAGCAGCACCAGGAGAAGGAAGACGAUAAGCCCAAGAUGCAGGAGGAGACCACGCAGAGCGAGGAAGAGGAGACGCCCCCGCCCCCAGCGCCGGUCGAUGCGGACAAGCCCAAGCGCUGGAAGGAGGCGUUCUCGCGCGCCGUGCAGACGGUCAUGGAAGAGCGGCGCCAGUCCAUCGGCGCCGGCGGGGGCAAGCUCACGAGCUUCGCGGACGUGGUGCAGGCGGCCGCCGCCUUCGACCGCGAGGGCCACAUCCACAUGGACUUCGACGAGGACGACGACAAGUACGACAUCUCGGCGCUGCAGGAGCAGGCCAAGAAGCGCGAGGACGCGUCGCUGCGCUCCACGCGCCAGAGCAGCCGCGCCGACUACGACGCGCCCCUCAUGACCAUCUGCAUCAUGAUCGUGGGCACCCACGGAGACGUGCAGCCGUUCGUGGCCAUCGCCAAGAGGCUCCUCCAGGACGGCCACCGCGUGCGGCUCGCCACCCACGCAGUGUAUCGGAACUUUGUCAUGAGCCACGACGUCGAGUUCUACCCGCUCACUGGAGACCCCAAGGAGCUCUCGGCCUACAUGGUCAAGACGGGCGGCCACCUGAUCCCUCUCAACCUCGAGACGAUCCAAAAGGACAUGCCGCGCAACAUGCAGAUGAUCGAGGAGAUUCUCUACUCGACGUGGCCAGCAGUGUCCGAGGCAGACCCCGAAGGUGGAGGCCCUGGUAUUCCCGGCAAACCUUUUCGGGCGCAGGCCAUCAUCUCGAACCCGGUCACGUACGGCCAUAUUCACGUGGCAGAACGUCUUGGAGUGCCGCUGCAUAUCAUGUUUCCGCAGCCAUGGGUGCCCACAACCGCGUUCCCGCACCCGCUGUCGAACAUGCCGUACACGGGGAAGCCCAAGAAGGUGAACUACAUGUCAUACAAAAUGGUGGAUCUGCUAAUGUGGCAGGGCACGGAAGGAAUGGUGAACGCGUUUCGUAGGGACAAGCUGGGUCUGAGAAAGAUUCUCAAGGGCGAUGGCGGCCGCGACAUUUUGCUGGACCUUGCGAUCCCCCACGCCUUCAUGUGGAGCCCGCGACUGGUGCCAAAGCCGGAGGACUGGGGGAAAAUUUACGAUGUUAUCGGCACUGUGACGCUGGAGGGACCGAGCUCUUCAUACACACCUUCACCAGAGCUCGAGGCGUUCCUUGGUGACGAUGCAGGCCCAAUUUUUGUGGGCUUCGGGUCUAUGGUUAUUCAAGAUCCGAAGGGAGUCACCAAGAUGAUCAUCGAGGCUGCAGAACAAGCGGGUCUUCGUGCACGAGCAAUUGCAAUGCGUGAUCUCAUGCGGCAAGAAGAUGGCGCAGGUGAAGCUGUUAAGAGCUUCUACCGGAACUUGCCGUUGCAUCAGAUGCGCUGCGACCUUGAGUGUGGACGAGCUGCGACGAUGUGGACUGAGAAGGAUAAAAUUCGCCUCUGUGACGAGUGUGGGUUCGUUGUGAGCUCACGCCCUGAAAAUUCACCGACGGAUAUCGUCGAGUACAAUUUUGUGGACUACUCAGCGCGAGGACCAGAAAAUGUGCUGGAAGGCGCUUCUGCUGGUGUGGGUGCCUUUGCUCACGUAUUUGGAUCGGGUUUCAAGGAUGUAAUUGUGAAGCCUGCACAGGGAUACCGCCAGGAAGGAGCGAAGGGUGCUGUGAUUGGACUGGUGAAAGGCAUCGGUGGACUUAUGAUCAGUCCGUUGGUGGGAACGGUAGUAUUCGCUGACCACCUUGCAACCGGAGCAUAUAACAAUGUCCGGGGAGAUGACGAUAAAAAGAAAGGCUCGCUUCUUGGAGACAACAAAAAGCUUCUGAAUGCCAUGGGGUUCAAGACUCGCAACGUUCACAAUGGAGCACUGAUCUUGGAUGAAGUGGUUGAUUCAGAUAGUUCACAUUCUGCUCAAAUCGCGAUCCAACUAACACCAGAGGAGAAGACCACUCUUGAAAACAGGUUCAACGCGCUCAUGAAAGAGCGUAAGCUGCAUGGACAACCGUCAUUCAAGUUGGCGAAAAGUGGUGGGACAUCGGAAACCACAGCAGCGGAUGCCGCAGCGAUUGUUGUCAAUGUGGACGGAGCCACCUUUAAUGGUACUGACUCAUUUGACAUUGCGUUUGGAGAUGGCGAGAAGGUUGGUGAAGCGCUACGCGAGAGUGAGGUGCAGCAGCUAGAAAACGAAGCCCGCAAGGAAGAUGAAAUCCAGAAAAAACGACUAGAAAGCUUGAGUAGUACCCCAGUACUACCGAAGAUGAAUAUUUGCAUGAUGACAACUGGCACCUGGGAAGAAAGUAUCCAGCAGUACGUCGCGAUCGGACUUCGUCUCAAAGCUGACGGACACUGCGUGCGGAUCGCGACAAACAGUGGCCACCGGGACCGCAUCGUCAGUGCUGGACUAGAUUUCUAUCCACUUGGUGGUAGUGCUAUUACGACUGGAAACUUUUUGCAGUAUCUGCACCAGCGAAGCAAGGAGGAGCCGCGUCACAAGUCUCGAUUGCUGAACUAUGCCCACUCCAAGCUGAAUCACAGGCGCGAGUCGUUCCCAGAAGUGGAUGAUCUACGGGAGCUUGUGUUUUCGCUGUGGCCUGCAUGUGUGGAGGUGGAUCCACUGGUGCCUGGCAAGGCAUUUCGCGCCGACGCCAUCAUUGCGCACCCGUACUUGUUCGGACAGACCAUCGUGGCCGAGCGCCUUGGCGUGCCUCUGCACUGCAUGAGUUACAAUCCACAAUCUCGCACUCAGGCGUUCCCUCACCUCGUCAGCUCGAACAUGAAGCUUCACAGACCGUAUCGUUACGCCCCAACAAACGCAGCAUCAUACGACGUGAUUGACAACGUGCUGUGGAAUGGCAUGCGAGAUGUAUUGGAUGAGUUCCGUUACUUCUUGGGGCUUACCGGCAAGAGUAUCCCUAAGAACUUGCUCGCUGAAUGGCGUAUCCCUCACACCUACCUUUGGAACCCUGCACUUCUGCCGAAACCUCAUGAUUGGGGAAGUGAGAUCACUAUUGCGGGGUACGUGGAGCUGGAGGAGAGUCCCGCCGAGGACACCGACCUUGCUGCCAUUGAACAAGAGUUGUGUUCUUUUGCAAGGGAUGCAGCUGGGUCACCGCUGAUCUACUUUGGCUUCCAAUGUGGCGAUUGGGAUCCGCGCCAAGUUCAAGAUCUGGUUGGCUCCUUAGAAAAGGCUGCCCAGAAAGCGAAUGUGCGUGUUGUAUUCCAAGGCUACGAGAACAGCAACGACGAUGCUGCCUUCUUCGUGGGCGGUACGGAUGUGGUGUUCGAGAUUGACCAACAAUUUCCAGUGAAGCGCAUCCUUCCGCACGUGCAUGCCACAAUGCACUGGGGUGAUCUCUCUAUCACGUCGACGUGCUUGGCAGCAGCGAAGCCUGCGUGCGUUGUCCCGCGUAAUAUUACCCAGCGGAUGUGGGGCCAAGCGUUAGUACUGUCAGGCGCUGGUGUGGAGCCGUUGGAGAUGGAUGCUCUAACGCCGUCUAACCUCGUUCACGUGUUCCGUGUACUAUUGGACCCCAAGCUCACACAUUGCGCCAAGCGCCUAGCCCCGAAGUUUUCAUCGGCUAGUGCCAUUGAGACUGCUGUUUCGGCUUUCUACAGCAACCUUCCCCUCGCAGGGAUGGCCUGCGACCUGGAUCCGGCGCGAAUCGCUCGCGUCUACGAUUCAGACCACGAAAUGAAACUUUCGUACGAGGCAAGACUGGUCGUACACCAAGUUACGCACGACAGAGGCAGCGCGGGGGACUUGAAGUACAAACCCCUCAAAUAUGCGCAGCACCACCCGCCACGGUUCUCAUUGCGAGAGCUGGAGCUGCUGCACUCUUCGUCUGGAAAUCUCAAGAAACACCCGAGGACGAAAGUAUUGUACACGUAUGACCCUGCUAGCGCCGAGUUGGCAGAACGAGUGGACCAGGAACGAGCCUCACUGACGUCCUCCUCAGAUGCGGCGAAGAAGUUUGGCGGCACCCCUCGGAGACGACUGAGUCACCUCUCACGCGCUCAGUCCAUGGCUUUGAACGUGGUGGAAAUGCCGAAGUUUUGGAACUCGCCGGAGGAGCAGGCGAAGAAGACUUUGGAGAUCAGCAGCAAGUACGAAAAGCUGCUUAUGACGCGGAACUUCGCCAACGGUUCGUCCUCGUCGUCCGCGUCGUCUGUCGCGCUCUAGUUCCCUCAAGAACCAGAGUAACUGCUAGCUGAGUGAUAGCGUGCCUAGAUACGAUCUCUUCCACACCCUCGGAUACUAACUCAUUAUAGAUUCCCG